AUGGCCACCACCACGAUCCCCACAAACACGCCACCAACAAAAAGUAGCAUCACCUUCCAAUCGUACCCUCUCCCACUCAACACCCCCCACUCCUCCCUCCCGCCGCUGUACGUCCAAGUGACCCGUUUCCGUCAAUCCGUGCUCCUCUCGCUCGGGUCCCCCACCUCCUCCACCUCCUCCUACGCCCUCAUGUCCGACUUCAGCGUUGCCCUUCCCCCUAUGAAAAACGUGAGGCGCUCCGCAAUCCACACCGAUGUCGGUCGAACGGUCGGGAAACUAACUGGCUAGGGCCUUCUCGAUCACGGUCCUUACAGCCACGAGGGAGCACAUCCACUUCAACAACAGCGACUGCUCUUUCGAGAUCGACUCCCCAAUCACUUCUUCUCUCCAGUAAACUAGGUCAGCUCUUCUCCCCUGAGCCCCGCCCGGUUGCCCCAAGCUGGAGCUGACCCCCACCUCCUUCCUCCUCACACCCAACUCAAAGCCAGACGCUACCAAACCCAAGUAUACCUUUCCCUGGACCUCGGCUCCUUCUCAGCUGCAGCGAGUUCAUCUUCCAUCAAUGGCGAGUUGGAUCCGAUGCUUUGGCUCGAGGUCGAAAAAGGCUUGAUCAACGUGCUGGAUCGGGUGCUGGGGAGGGAGCGUAGCGCGUGA